AUGGGAGAAUCAGCAAAUGAACCAAAACUUCAAGAUGAUCAGGAAGCAAAUGCCUUGGUAAAAAAUGAACAUCGAGGCACAAAAUUGGCAAAUGAAAUCAAAACAAGGUUGGCAAGCUUAGAGCCACUCCCAGAAUCACCUGGAUGUUGUAUCUACAAGGUGCCAGAUCCCCUUCGAAAAUCGAACAAAGAAGCCUACACUCCCCAAGUUAUAUCGAUAGGUCCUUUCCAUCGUGAUAACAAGAAGUUGCAGGCCAUGAAAAGGCUUAAACUGGGGCAUCUCAAAGCUCUCAAGGAGCGAGAAAACGUAGACACGAAGGAUUUAGUAAGCACUAUAAAAGCUGCAGAAGAAAGUGUUCGUGAAUGUUAUUCAGAGACUAUACCACUUAGCAGUGAUGAUUUUGUGAAAAUGAUCCUGAUUGAUGCGAGCUUCAUCAUUGAGUUUUUCUGGAGAAACUGGGCGGAACUCUGGACUGAAUAUGACCGGGAAUUAAUAAAGCCGUGGUUAAGCAAUAGGCUGCAGCUGGACUUGAUGCUACUUGAAAAUCAACUUCCUUUCUUUAUUAUCGAGAAAAUAUAUGACAUUGCAAUGCCAGAUCUCUCAAUCGAUCACCCCUUCAUUGAGCUUUGCUUUGACCAGUUCGAUUAUCACAACGUUCAGAAAAAGUCUCAUCACGAUCUCGAGUGGAAAAUAAUGCACUUUGUUGACUUGCUUAGAUUCUUUUGCCUACCUCCUCGCGAAAGGAGACCGGAAAGAAGUGCAAAAAUAGUUAAGAAAAUGCACAGUGCAACUCAGCUGAAGGAGGUAGGAUUGAAGUUUAAGUUGAUCGAUUCAAGCAGUAGUUGCACACAGCUUGAACUAAAAUAUGCAGAUCACGGCGGAGAGUUGGAAAUCCCAAAGUUUAAGCUAGACGAUACAAUGGAGAUUUAUGCUGGAAACCUCAUGGCCUUGGAGGAGUGCCACUAUCCUCAUGAAGCAUAUAUUACUGAUUAUUAUAUUCUGCUACGGUUCCUUAUCAGAACAAACAAAGACAUGGAUUUACUUGUUCACGACGAGAUCAUCGCUAAUUGGCUAGACGACAUCAAUCAAACUUUCAUCAACAAACUGUGCAUAAACGUCGUACAUUCAGGUAUGAACAACGAUUAUCAUAGUAUCUGUGAAGGUUUGAACAAAUUCCACCAAGAACGUGUGACUUAUGUUCAAAAGUUGAAGGCUGCCUUGAUACGUGAUUAUUUUUUCACCCCAUGGAUGGGUGCUUCUACCAUUGCUGCUAUUAUCUUGUUAGUACUCACUAUCAUACAGACUAUAUGCUCUCUCAUCCCGCUAUUUUAG